UCUCAAAUCAUCAUGAGUUGGCAAAACAAAAGUUUCAAAAGUUGAGAAGUCAAUUCUUGAGGAGGACAAGAAUGUGGAUUAGAACACAACAGAAAGAAACUUUACUUUAAUAUUUUUCACAAAAUGUCGCAUUUAAGGAAUCCAACAAAUGCCACAGAAAAGGAGAAAUGGGAUUCAAACAUGGAGUUUAUUUAAAACUUAAACAAUGCUAACUUUGGAAAGGCUUCCUCCGAUAUUCUUAAAAGUUAGUUAUUGUGGUAAACCAGUUAAAAAUUAGAAUUAUCAGAAUAUGCUCGUAGCUCUGCAUCCGGAUGAGAUAAUUGACUUAUGAAUAUGUGGGAGAAAUAAAAAAGUUUUGGAUACCUUUAUUUAUACAAAUAACCCAUUUUUCUAGAAGGAAAUCACCAGGAACAGUGACAAAAUCUCAAAGAUCUUAGGCCUUAAUAUUUUUUGACAAAUUAAGCCCAAUCGAAAGGACUCUUUGCCUCUGUCAGUCAUUUAAAAAUUAUCGAAUUAAAUAUGAGCAGAAUUUCAGUUAUUGAAGACUUGAACUUCUCUAAAAUACUAAUGAAUAUUAAGAAUAAGACGUUAUCUCUGAUAGCAUCAAAUUUUAAUGGGUUAAAUCCAUCAGAAAAAGACCAGAGGGCUGGAAGAAUCUGAAUUUAGGGCUAGCCACUUCUCCAAAUUUAAACUGAGUUUCAGAUAAAUGCUUAUUUAUGAUUGUAGAAAGUAGAGCAUGAUAUAUGGGAUGUUAUGAAGGAAGAUGGGUUUGAUAUAUACAUAAGAAUUAAUGGUAAAAAAUAUUCAAAAACUUAUUGUUGGUCUUGACUGUGAUUCAAAAUUUUACUAGUCAUAUAAAAUGCUGAAUUAAAUUUACUCUUUAUAAGUUUAUAAAUCUAGAUGCCAAAGAUCCUAUUUAUUUACCCCAGAAUCUGUAAUUUAAAAUGUAUUUUUACAAGUAAAUUCAUUUACCCAAACCAUAUUAGUUCUAUCUCAGUAUCACAAAAUUCACCUUAAAUCUGCCCAUUGUUUAGCCACUUAUCUCCAAUCAUACAAUACUAACUAAAUCUUCCCUCCCCAUAAACCUCUUUCACCAACCUUACCUCAACCCCUAUCUCCAAAACCACUAAGCCUCCCUUCCUUCUCCUAAAAUCCCCUCGAACUUCAUCUCUUAAGCCAUCCUCUUCCCAAUACCUAAACAAAACCGCCCACCAUUCAG